AUGGAGCAGCCCGGGACGGCGGCGGGCCCCGGGGGCGACGAGCCCGGCGGGGGCCGGGGCGGCAAGCGCAGCGCUGGGGGCCGGGCCGCCGGAGACGAGGAGACCAAAAACAAGCCCAAGCUGAACAUUCAAAUAAAAACUUUGGCCGAUGAUGUGCGAGACCGAAUUACAAGUUUUAGAAAAUCUGCUGUUAAGAAAGAAAAACCUCUUAUUCAACACCCUAUUGACUCUCAAGUUGCCAUGACUGAGUUUCCAGCAGCACAACCAUUAUAUGAAGAGCGAUCCUUGAAUUUGUCAGAGAAGGAAGUGCUGGAUCUUUUUGAAAAAAUGAUGGAAGAUAUGAAUCUAAAUGAAGAACGAAAAGCUCCCCUGCGAGAUAAAGAUUUUGGCACAAAGCACGAAAUGGUUGUCCAGUACAUUUCCGCCACUGCCAAAUCGAUAGUUGGAAGUAAAGUUAUGGGAGGCCUGAAAAAUAGCAAACAUGAAUGCACCUUAUCUUCCCAAGAAUAUGUCCAUGAAUUACGGUCUGGUAUCUCAGAAGACAAACUUCUCAACUGCCUAGAAUCAUUGCGGGUAUCCCUAACCAGCAAUCCUGUCAGCUGGGUUAACAACUUUGGCCAUGAAGGUCUUGGAGUCUUGUUGGAUCUAUUAGAAAAGCUUCUGGAUAAGAAACAGCAAGAAAGUAUUGACAAGAAGAAUCAGCAUAAACUUAUUCAAUGCCUGAAAGCAUUUAUGAAUAACAAGUUUGGGUUGCAAAGAAUUCUAGGUGAUGAAAGAAGCCUUUUAUUGCUGGCAAGGGCAAUUGACCCCAGACAACCCAAUAUGAUGACUGAAAUAGUAAAAAUACUGUCUGCUAUUUGCAUUGUUGGAGAAGAUAACAUUCUAGACAAACUUUUAGGAGCUAUCACUACAGCAGCUGAAAGAAACAAUAAAGAACGAUUUUCCCCAAUUGUAGAAGGACUGGAAAACCAUGAAGCCUUGCAAUUACAGGUUGCCUGUAUGCAAUUUAUAAAUGCCCUUGUUACCUCUCCUUAUGAACUUGAUUUUCGGAUACAUUUAAGAAAUGAGUUUCUCCGUUCUGGACUAAAGAAAAUGUUACCAGGUCUGAAAGAAAAAGAAAAUGAUGAACUUGAUAUCCAGUUGAGAGUAUUUGAUGAGAACAAAGAUGACGACUUAAAUGAAUUAUCACAUCGUCUCAAUGACAUUCGAGCAGAAAUGGAUGAUAUGAAUGAAGUUUAUCAUCUUCUCUAUAACAUGCUAAAGGACACUUCUUCAGAAAAUUACUUGCUAUCAAUUCUACAACAUUUCUUGCUCAUCAGAAAUGAUUAUUAUGUCAGGCCACAGUACUAUAAGAUCAUUGAAGAGUGUGUUUCACAGAUAGUGCUCCAUUGUAGUGGCAUGGAUCCAGACUUCAAAUAUCGACAGAGAUUAGAUGUUGACUUUACUCACCUAAUAGAUGCAUGUGUAGACAAAGCUAAAGUAGAAGAAAGCGAACAAAAGGCAGCGGAAUUUUCCAAAAAGUUUGAUGAGGAGUUCACAGCACGACAGGAAGCCCAAGCUGAACUUCAGAGACGAGAAGAGAAAAUACAAGAACUAGAGACGGAACUUCAGCAGCUCCGAACUCAGGGCCAUGGACUUUCCGGUUUAUCAGGAAUUCCGCCACCUCCGCCACCACCCCCUGUACCAGGCGGUGUUGUUCCUCCUCCUCCACCUCCUCCUCCACCGCUACCUGGUGGAAUUCCUCCUCCUCCUCCCCCCCCUCCUUUGCCUGGAGGAGCUAUACCACCGGCACCUCCUUUAUUUGGGGGACCUCCUCCUCCACCACCUCUGGGUGGUGUUCCUCCUCCUCCUGGAACAGCUGCUUCCCUGCCUUUUGGAAUGAAGCAAAAAAAAGUAUACAAACCAGAAGUGGCCAUGAAAAGAAUCAAUUGGUCCAAGAUUGAGCCACAGGAAAUAUCAGAGAACUGUUUCUGGUUAAAAGUUAAGGAAGAUAAGUUUGAAAAUCCAGAUCUCUUUGCAAAACUGGCACUCACUUUUGCUACACAGAUGAAAGUUAAGAAGAACAUUGAUGUUCCAGAAGAAAAGAAAGUUACUCCCAAGAAGAAAGUUAAAGAACUGAGAAUUUUGGAUGGAAAAACUGCUCAGAAUCUGUCUAUCUUCCUGGGUUCUUAUCGCAUGUCUUAUGAAGAUAUAAAAAACAUCAUUCUGGAGGUGAAUGAAGACAUGUUGAGUGAGUCAUUAAUUCAUAACCUGGUAAAGAAUCUUCCUGAGCAGAAGGAACUUAGUGCCUUAGCCCAACUGAAGAAUGAGUAUGAUGACCUCUGUGAACCUGAACAAUUUGGAGUUGUGAUGAGCUCAGUGAAAAUGUUAAGACCUCGACUCCAUAGCAUCCUUUUCAAGCUCACGUUUGAAGAACAUGUAAACAACAUCAAACCUGGCAUCAUGGCAGUAACUCUAGCCUGUGAAGAAAUGAAAAAAAGUGAAAGCUUUAAUCGACUUUUAGAGCUGGUUCUCCUGGUUGGCAACUACAUGAACUCAGGCUCUCGAAAUGCCCAAUCACUGGGCUUUAACAUCAACUUUCUUUGUAAGAUCAGAGAUACUAAAUCAUCAGAUCAAAAAACCACACUUUUACAUUUUCUUGCUGAAAUUUGUGAGGAAAAAUACCGGGACAUCCUUAAAUUCCCAGAUGAAUUGGAGCAUGUGGAAAGUGCAAGCAAGGUUUCAGCGCAGACUCUCAAGAGCAACCUUGAUGCCAUGGAACAACAGAUUGCUCGCCUGGAAAGUGACAUUGGGAAAUUCCCUAAGACAGAAGACAAACACGACAAGUUUGUGGAAAAGAUGACCAGCUUUGCAAAGAGUGCCAGAGACCAGUAUGAGAAGCUGCUCACUAUGCACAACAACAUGACAAAACUCUAUGACAAUCUUGGCGACUACUUCAUUUUUGACACCAAAACAGUGGCAAUCGACGAGUUUUUUGGUGACCUCAACAGCUUCCGCACCUUGUUCCUGGAAGCAGUGAAGGAAAACACCAAGAGAAGAGAAAUGGAGGAAAAGAGCAAGAGAGCCAAGCUUGCCAAAGAGAAAGCUGAGCAAGAAAAGUUGGAACGCCAGAAGAAGAAGAAACAGCUGAUGGAGACGAACAAAGAGGGUGAGACAGGUGUGAUGGAUAAUCUGCUGGAGGCCCUGCAGUCAGGUGCAGCCUUCCGAGAUCGAAGGAAGCGGAUACAGAGAAAUCCAGAUAACCGACGGCCACCUUUAGAAAGGUCACGUUCCCGCCACAAUGGAGCCAUCGCAUCCGCAUGAGUCCCGAGGCCAAAGACUGGGGAGUGUGGCCAGGGAAGCCAAGCAGCAUUUUGAGCAGAGUUCAGCAUGGACUUGAGUGACAAAGAAGAAAGUGAAUAAAAUACAAACUCUGUGUCUGUAAAUCUACUGCUAAAUCCCAAAGCCCUGUGAUUGUACUAAUAGGAACACAAUGACCAGAGUCAGCAAUGAGGGGAUUCAGUGUAAGGACUUGCAUUGAUUGUGUAUUCUCAGGUGGUCUGCUGAGGAGGGACAGGUGAGGCAAUGAAGAAACCUGCCACUGGUUGAACAACAACAGCAGCAGCAGCAGCAGCAGCAGCAAUAGCGAGAAGCUGGUUCCAAACUGUAGUGAUGAGGUCCCAGUGAAGAAGCAGCCCAUGUCUGGUGAUAGAAUAACAAACACAACUGCCUCUUAAUGAAGACUGAGAACACAGCUUAAGAGACGCCAUCUUAGCACUUGCGGAACUCAAGUUAGUUAGAUGCUGGUCCCCAGGGAAAUCGAAUGGAUUCAUGUGCUUUCGCUGAAAUUAAACUUUUCAUCAAUCUAGAGUUUGUUACUGCUUAAAAAUAGUGCCCGAUUUUGAUGGAAUCAGCUAGAGAGGGUGUUUUCAACUUUAUUUAAAGGGGUAUUUUCUAAUUGUGCACAUAUAUGUAUACUUUAUACAGAUUCUUUAUACAGAUAUUUUUGAGAAAAAAGCACCUCACAUUUUACUGUUUCUGCUAAGGAUGAUUCUAAAAAUUCUAUUAUCUAGAUUUCUGUCUUAAAGACAAAACCCCCUUGCUUGGGGGUUGCCUUCCUUCAUGGGAUAUGGGGCACAAUUGGAGGACCAGCUGUCCAAGGCAGCAGAAAAUCCUUUCCUUCUGCUCCCUAGCAUCCAAGGGCAGCAGCCUGUGCCAACAGCUACUCCUCUCCUGCACCCAAGGAACCUGGUUCCAGACUCCAUUGCAGGCCCUGGUCCCUGAAAGAGGAUGGCUUUAUUGUUUAUUCUGGCCACAAAAGUCUCCCAAGCUUAUUGGCUUUUGGGGGGAGUCCUCUCUUGUGUUCUCCACAUUAACAGUUACAUUACUUAGAGUUGCUUAGUUCUCCCAAGGGCCUGGAGAAACAAUUGACUGAACCUCGCUAUGCUAUCCUGAGCAUUUCAGGAUUUUCUUUUUUUGGAGGCAGGUUCUGGGUGCUGAAUCUUACAGCUUAUCCUUACUAUAGUCUGCCUAUGUUGGCAUAGCCUGUUACCCUAGGCAAACACAGUAGCCUAAAAGGUCAAUUGUGGAAUUUCAUCAGUAGUGUCCUUAUCUGCCUUCCCUUGGCGGACAUACUCUACCACUCAAAUCAAAACCAAUCCUCUCUCCUCAGAUGUGGUCACUGCUCUCACAAUCCCAAAGGAACAGCUCUCCAACUCAACUGUUUUAAGAGUUGUUGUUAUUCUUAGUUUUCAGUCACAGACUGAAAUAGAAACUCCUGUUGUAAAAAAAUGCCUAAAGAAAAUGGAUCCUUAUUUUCCCCCUCAGACACUAGACCUGCAUGUUGGUUUAGGUUCCAUUUGGGAAAUGUGUGGCAUGACAUCUUGGGAAUUUGGUUAUAAAACUCAUUCUUGUAAAUUUAUGUGGUUAUUGUGUGAGAGUUUUUAAAGUGGAAGGACCUAGAUGUUUGCUCAUAAAGACAAGUGAUUUCUAAUAAUGAAAAAAUAAGGUCGAGAGUUGAAAAACUCUCUCAUCGAUUUGUAGAAGGGACAAGAUGGAGGCUAACUUUCCCCUCCCCCCCUCAAUUUUCCUUAGUAGGGGGAGGGAUUUGGACACAGUCCAAGGUCUAGGAGGACCAGAGGAGGAAGCAGGAAGGCAGAAAAGAACAGCAGCAUCUUGAGAUGCCUAUUUUUACAACUUUGUAAAUUCUUUUACCUUGUGAUUUUCAUGAGCAUAUCAGUUUUAUGGUUGAUAAUAGAGCAUUAUCUUAAUUUAUGUAAACAUACAGUGCCUGUGUUGUAGACUUCACCAAGCCUUUCUGAAACUUCAUGAUGGCUUUGGGCCUUGGAUAGCUUUUCCAACUCUAGCAUGUGCUAUUGUUCACCCUGGUCAUGUAAUUGAGCUUGUGAAGCUAGGAGGAGGACAGGGGUGACGUACGUAUAGCAACUUUGUAAGACAUGAACUUGCCUUAUUUUCUAGUAUUUUAAAAAAUGAAUUAAAGAACCAUUAUUGAUAGAUUCUAUAUUUGUAUUCAGAGCAAUCCCAAAUGCCUUUUUCAAAAAAAAAAAACCCGACAGAUCUUUUGGGGCCUUUUGUGAAAUUCAAGCUAAAUGAUUUCCAGAGUAUUGUUGUUUAACUCCACAGGCUCAGAUCAGAAAAUAUCACAGAAGAAAAGGUACCUAGUGAAAAUAUAUAAGCACUGAGCAGAGAAUCUAAUGAUACUGAAAUCUUUUAUUUAAUACUGCUAAGAGCGACAGGCCCAUUUCUGCAGACUCUACUGUUUGCUAGUCACCACAUAUGAGUUGAACUUUUUCUAAUUCAUUCUUGGUACCACUCAAGCCAAACUGAGGUCAUCACUUAAAAAAACCCAUCAUUCUCUGCACAGACUGAAAUAGUAAGUUUGCAUGCUUUGAUGUUGAAUGCGUGCUCUUGGCUGUGCCAAAGUCUGCCUAGUACUUGUAUGUCAUCCAGUUGAAAACCCAGUGAUUUUCCCUACUGUAUUUAACGAAUACCCCUAUGCCUCCUUCUGUGGGCCACAGUAGAACCACCAACUACCUCUGCAAUUGAGGGGUUCUUUGCAAGCUUCCUUUCAAGAGUGGAAAGCCACCAGGCCAGGCUAGGCAGAGCUGCCCAGCCACGGUUUCAACGAUAGUGGAUACCAUGUGGGCAGAUGCUUUCAUUUCAGCUAAGAAUAAAAACUGUGUCCAGUCGGUGCCAUGAAUAGCUUGGGGGGGGGGAAACAACCUUCAUGUGAUAAUCCACACUUACUCUUCAAUAAAAUCAACUAUGAUACA